AUGAAAAGUAAGUUUGUUUGUGAUACUUUUAUGACAGGCUGAGUGAGUGAAUGAAUGUGUUUGUGACUCUGUGUGUGUGUGUGUGAGGAGGAGGGGGGACUCUUUCAGCACGUGGUCUUUACUUUUACUUUCUAGACGUGAGUGAGAUAAUGAAAGAUAAACAGAGAUUAAUGAGUAAAUGUCAAACAUGCGAGUGAGAGAUAAAGUCCGCUGCUGUUCCAGGUGCGUUAUUUUUAUGAGAUGGAUUUGAAUUUUUGAAACAACGUGCAGUUUCACGUCACAGUUCGCUCUGAUUGGCUGGUUUUGAGUGUGUGUCCCGUUAGGGGUUUCCCUAAGUCCUACUCAGCAGUUAGAUUGUACCAGACGUGUUGUUUUGUCCUCAUCUCUGUUUGAAAAAUCACCAUUUAUAACUUGCAUGUUCUUUUGAAUAACAAGUUUUAAGGGUCUACAGUAUAUUUCAGUCUGUUGUGAUGGUCAUUGCACCAGGAACAAACAUCCGGGGUGGACGCCACCAGCAUGACAUCAUCCAUUAGUUUGUGGACUUCGGUUUAAAGCCUCAAGUUUGUUAUUUUGGCCUUUGCCAUCUGGAUCUUUUGGAACCAGAAGUGACCAUAUUUGGAUGAAAGGGGUGAACCCAGAAGGGGAUUUCAAACCACAAAUAGUAAAGCUGUCAGUGCUUGUGGUUUUUUUUUCAUUAACUGGUUAAACAUACGGACAACCACAGCCUUUCACAGAGAAUGAGAUCCUGUUUAAGCUAACAUGUCUUGUCAUCUCUGCAGCUCAGAGAAAUUCUCAACAACUGGUCUGACUUCUGAGGAAAAACAGUCAGUUCAUGAAAAAAAAUUCAAGCUUGUUUUGCAAAGACCUGGCACUGAAACCAGCCGAUGAGUGCCAGCAAACUAUCAUUCAUCCAAAAAAACUGAACCCGCACUUGUUGAAUUGUUUGAUUGGUCAUUUUGGUCUAAAAAAUAUGCAAGAAAAAACUCUGAACACACAAUUCAGAGGUGAAGUUCAGUAACUUUUAUUUUAUUUCAGCCUGUAAUCAUGUUUAUUUCUAUUUAACAAGUGAACAUUUUAACAUAGCGUCUAGUGGAGAGUUCCCCAAUUUAGUACAAGCCUCUAGUGGCCAUUUGAGGGACUGCAUUUUUUUUUUCUUCAAGGUGUUGCUCUUUGAUGAAAUUCUGAGGUCAAACUAAAUAUGUUUGAUUUUGUUAAAAAGUUGGACACUGUAACAGCCUCUAGUGGCUGUCAGGGGAACUGCAGUUUCUGUGUUUUUUACUUUGGGUCUUGUUUACUGGAUUUUUCGCACCACUUAAAAUCCUCUAAUUUUCUCAAAAAUCCUCAGUGCGCCUUACUAUCAGGUGCGCCAUGUAUGAAUUCUGGUUGUGCUUACUGACCUCGAACCGAUUUUAUCUGUCAAAAUGUUUUAUUAUGACCUUGGUAAGCUACAGCCUGAUGGCUCGUCGGAGCACUGUAGCUACCGUAGCCUCACAGAGUUAUUGAAUGAGUUAAAUUAAGUAAAAUAAAGUUUGACUUAUCUGACAGUUUGGCUUAAUGCGCUUUAUAAUCCGGUGUGCCUCAUGUAUGAAAAAAAACGCGUUCAUUGAUGGUGCGCCUUUAUAGUGCGAAAAAUACGGUAUUCAAAAUAGGAUGUCAAUUUUUCUUCUUUGGCAGGCAGUUACCAUGUCCUCUUAAGCAACAAAGCCAAAUUUUUUAUCUUAGAGUUGUGGGCGUUUACCUGCUUUUGGACAAGCCCCUAGUGGCCAUUUGUGGAAUUGCAGUUUUUGGCCCUACAUCAGCUUGUUUUUAGCUUGUUCAGGGUCAUGGUUCAAGGAGCUUUUGUACCAUGCUACGGACAAGUGUAUUUCUACUGUGAAGUUUGGCAUUUGGAUGUUGGUCCUGAUAGGGAUUGACUCACUUUUGGGGCUAGUGUCAAGUGGCCAUUUGAAGAACUGCUGUUUUUUGUCCUUCCAUUUUAAGCAAUGAUUGUUGAGGCUGCCCAUAAGUUCAGAAUCAGAGAUGGUGGAGUUUUGUAUCAGGCUGGUAUAUUUUUGUCAGUACUGCCAAGCCAAGUAAAGAGCUAUGUGGGUUGUCUGACUUCUAGAGUUGGCCUCUAGUGGACAUUUAGAGGACUGCAGCUAUAAUUUUGGGGUCCAAAAGUUCUUGGUUGUUCAGAAUCCGAUGUCAAAGAGGUUUUUCUUCCAGGAUUUAUUUCUGUUUUAAAAAGUUGGACAUUAUUGUACAAGGUCCAAAGGGCGCUGAUUCAUUGUUGGAACCAGCAUCUAGUGGCCAUCUGGGGAAUUGCAGUUUUUUUUUUCAAUAUAAAUCAUUUUUAUGUUUAUUUCUUUGCUGGGGGGAAUGCAGAUUUUCUAGAGGAAUAUAUUUCACAAAAGGCAGAUACCAACGCUCAGUGGCUAAUGAUUCCAGUAGGAUCGAAAUAUAAACAUUGAACAGAAAGAUCCAAUUUAACUGGAGAAAAAAACAUAAAGAAGCCUCAAGGGAUCCAUUCACUGAAAUGCACGAGGAGGUAAGGAGGGGGAGGAAACACACUGAGUAAUCAAACACAGGUGGGACUAACAAGACCCAGGUGAAACUGAUCAGGGUGAUCAAACUAAAGGGAAACCAAACAUGAAACACAAGACGAGAACUUCGAAAACACUGAAAAUCAAAACUAUUAUGGGAAGACAUAAAACAAGAGUAAAACAUGGAGAAUACAAGAGCAACUCAUAGCAGAAUUAGUGAGAGUGAAGCUGGGCACUGUCUAUUUCCUGACGAAUUACCAUACAGUGGUAUUGCCAAACUCACCGUACAAGACAAGUAGUCCAUUACUAACUAGUUACUAACUCCCAAAACAGAAGCCAUUAAAGUCUGAGUGAGUGUGUGUGUCUGAGGGGGGGGGGGGGGUUGAAAAACAUGAGUCAUCAGACGGUGGAUGAUGUCACCUCUGCACAUCAUCAGAGUUACUGUAAUGUAAUCUGCACGGGCGCUGUGAGAGGGCAGACGAUGGAUGUUUUCGAAGAUGGAGUCUGCAGCAGCCGUCGUUAGUCAGCGUAGAGCUUGUUGAUAGAAGCGAAAACAGGACGUGAAGCCUCUCAGUGACUCAAACACUCGUAGUAAAAGUCGUGUCCUUUACACAGAGGUUGCAUCAGAAGGAGUGUGAAAUGUGGAAGCAUGGACUGAACCAGAUUUGUUAGGUCAGCAUUUCUGCAUUUAGCUCAUCCCCUUUUCUGAAAUAAUUUGACUAAUUUAAUCCUCCAUGUUAGAUUAUUGAACGCUGAGGCUUGUUGAGAGAUGCUGUUGUGUUUUGUUUGCUUUACUCCGGGGUGUUUGGAAAGUUUUGGUUGUUUUGCGUUUCAUGCAACUAAACACAACACUCAGUGUGUUUACACGCACUCCCCAAACCUAGGGGGCGAUACGAUAGAGACACUGUUUCCGACCCCAUACAACCGUCAACAACAACAGCAGGUCCGUGCCAGACGUCAGAAGUUGCUACAACUGCAUGCACACGCACAUGCAUUGUCCGAUAAUACUUUGACUACUUUGGUUACAUGGCAGAGAAAAUCGAUUUCCAAUCGCUUUAUCUGGGUGUCUUAAUCUGAGUUCUCUGACUCCAAUCUGACUAAGGUGUUAACCUACGCUUCAGUUGUCCGGUCUUAAUCGAAAUAAGGCAAUAAUUCAUUUUUCUCAAUAGUCAUGUAAACGUACCGAGCAACCCCACCAAAGACAGCAUAUAAAGAUAUACACAGUCUCAGUGACAUCGUCCACAUGUUUCUGUGAAGUUCAGUAUCUGUUUUUGGUCUCUAACACUUCUGGAGGCAAAAAUCAGCUUGUUUAGCUGCAACUGCGCCACUCUGUUGACCACCAUGUGCUCAUUCAGUGGAUUUUAGUGGAUUAUUAUGUCAGAAAAAGAGUCCAAAGAGAGGUCUAUCACAUUUAUUUUGCAGGCUGUAAAACCAAAACAAGCCCGAAGUCACAAAAAAAGUUUGUCAACUUUGAGAAAAUUGCAAAGUCGGGUGAUAAUUUGCCCGGUUUGAUGCUAUGAGCAGCAUAAUAGUGUUCUGCUUUUGAGUAUUUCCUGAGGUCCAACACUACACUUGUGGUUUUUCCAGUUCCUGCAGUUAACAGUUCUUGUGUAAGUGGCGGGUGAUGGAGGAAGCUGAUAGGGUUCAAGCAGGACGCACUGAGUUCGAUAAAAAAUAAAGUCCGGCUGAGGAAAUGAGGCGUGUGCUGCGUCAGAGCAAACGCAGUAAACUCUGAGGUCUCACUGACACGAAGUGGGACGGAAACAGCUGAAGUGUGUGCUUGUUUGUGUGAGCGUCUGCGUGCGUGUGUUGAUGUUUUGAAGCUCUGACGAAGUGACCCAUUAAAACCAUCAAAGACGGAUAAUUCACUCUGCUUCUUAGGCAACUCUGCAGUGAGCUGUUCUGCUGUCACAGCUGUUUCUCAGCCAAAUCCAUGACUGUUCUCCACACUGCUGCACGAUGUUUGUACUGCGUGACCCAGGCUUUCUGCUGAGGUCUUCUUCUGUAGUUUUCCAGUAGAUAUAUAACCUUUCCAGAUUUCUGGUCUGGGUUUCAGCCGAAAAGAAACUCGUAAAACUCAUUACUGGAUGUAUUGGACUCUUGCUGGGUCGGACUCAUGCAUCUUUCCGGAAGAUCUUAGCUUUCAUUAAAGUGUUCUUACCCGUGAUUUUCUCAACUUUUUCAGUUGAUUUGUUUGCAAAUCAUAUAAAAGAGGUUUCAAGCCAUUGCAACACUUAACACUGCAAGAAAAUUAGAGUAUAAACCGACCGGGGCAGUGAGAUUAGCAACCUCAGAUUUAAGCCAAGACCUGAGCUCAGAGAUUUAAGGAGUGAGAAUAGAGGAACUCCUCACUGCGGCUUUUUAGGAGGACUGGUUUAAGUGUCACAUGAAAUCUUUAAGAAAUGAGCCAGCCUUUAUUUUGCAUCUGUAUAUUAUGAAAUUGCAUGCGUGACUUAAAGGGAUAUUCCGGCGUAAAGUUAAUUUAGGGUCAAACACAUGUAACACCAAGUUAGACACCAAGGGAUGUAAUGUAACCAAAGGAGACACAUGCACAGUAAUCAAUCUAUCUCAAUCUAUCUGACAGAGGUAAGAGAAAAAAUGGAAGGAAAACUUCCAUAAAUCCAAAUAUGGUCAUUCCUUCCUCACUCAUUCACGAACAAAUGGCGUUCUAACCUCUUAAUGACACUGAGGAAUGAGGCGGGACUGCAACCAAUCUGCAAGUGCUGAUUCUGUAGUUUAAGGCUCAAUAAUGUGCUAUUAUUAUCCUCUCUAUUGUUUGGACAGUACCCUGCUUUCAAGGCACAUAUCACCUUCCUGCUGCUGUUUAAGUUUAUCUUGCAAUUCAUAAGAAAUGGAAGCUCCCACUUCCAGUUCACCUUAUCUAAACGGACUGUAACUGUCUUCAGCUGUAAAACUGUCAGAGAGAGCAGAGAGGGGGGCGACAUGAUGAAAUAUUGAUUUGUCUCUGUUUAAUGGGACCAUGUUGGUCAUGCAAUAUUUAAAAAGGAUCACGAGGUGACUCUUGAAUUGGGAAAACUGUCUCUGCAGAAACAAACCAAAUAAAAAGAAAGAAACGAGAUGUCUACUUGGGUGUUGUAGGUAAAGGCACAACACCCUCACUGUGACCUUUGUCCUUAAACCCCCCCCCUAUAAAGUAGUUCCUGCAGUGAGUGUGUGUAAACGAUAGUAAAAGUGUGUAAAGUGCACUGUGUCAGCCACUUAAAACAGGGUACAUGUUUUCUUUGUAAAAACCGCAGCCUGAGGCGCCUGCUGAUGAUGUCAUGAAUCUGAGUCAGGCGACCUCUUGCAGCAGGAGGCCCGGAGGAAGCAGGAGGGGAAAAACCCGCAGCAUACCUCUCAUUCCUGCAGCCUGACCUCACGAUCCGUCCUCACAGCUCAGCUCUUUGUCUGGAUGUCUGAAGUUGCAUAAAACAGAGGAUCGAUUUACAGGCUGAAUGAAUCCGGACUGAAGUUUUUCUUUCCUUGAAUAAAGAUCAUCUUUGAGCGAGAAAGCUUAAGAGACAAAGGCCGAAGGAACCACAGAGGAUUUGUGGGAAUUAUCUCCCUGCAGGGGUGAAUGAAAGUGACAAAGAGACGAAGAGCUUUUCCAAGAAAUUAUUAAACCUGGAGGCUGAUUCACUCAAAAGGAAAUUAGACCUGCAGCUGGUAUUAAAACACAGGAAAUAUUCAAGCGACAAAUUUCCACCAUUCAAUCACAGAGAGAGUGUUUCACUGUCGUACACUUUGGAGUAAAAAUGUGUACUUAAGUAGAUUUGUUAGUCAUUGAAUCCUUCUUUCUAGCAUCGAGAAAACAUUAUUUUUUUCAGGAUAUGGAAGGAAUUAGUUUUACGUUUACUCUUUAAUGGAAUAAAAUCGUUGAAUUACAGAUAAAAAUCCUCUCAUAUCUUAAAACUCUUAAAGUUGGGGAGGUUUUUGGAUGCUUUCUAUAAUAGUUUACUCCAUAGGCAGCAGUCUACAGUUAAGAAAAAAUGAUGUUUUAUUAGUCACAGCAGAUACCGACCAUAGACUGUAUAUACUAUGGACAACCUGGUUCCGCCUCCCGCCUGUAUACGGAUUUGAAGCCAAAAAGCUCUCGGUAUUUCCGGGAUAUUUCUUCAUCUCCUGAAACCAGCAUUGCGCAGUAUUCCCCGGGUGAGCUACGCAAUCCCUGAACGCCAAUAGGCUGUAUCAGGUGUCAAUCAUAGAAAACAUGAACCCCCUAAUAACUUUAAAAAAUGGAGCUGCACAGAAAAAAAGAGGACUUGAGCACAAACCAGUCUUACAAUAACUACAUGUCAACAUCACAACCAGGGGGGAGAAAAGUUUAUGUUCUGUGUAAUUAGUUUCUAAAGUUUGUCCACAGCCACGUAAUCAUUGCUGGCGGAGGCGGGAUUUAUGACCUACACUGCAGCCCGUCACAGCCCGAGGGUGCUGUUCUCAGAGUGGCUUCACCCAGCGAGGAGGCAGACGCCGUCCAUUCUCUAUACAGUCUAUGAUAUCGACACAAACAAUAGGUGCUCCAACUCAUUUAUCCCCUCAGCGAUCAGGCUGCUAAACACUGAGAAGUAGCGGAUGGGUGGCCUGUGUUGGAUUUUGGGGUCUCAUGAUUGUUUUAGUUCUUAUUUUACUCUUUUUAUCGCAUUUGCAUUUUAGUCAUUCCACUGUGAGCGUAUCGCACAUGUAUUAAAUAUCGAGCUAUUUAUUUAUUGCUGAUUUGUGGUGCUGACAGGGGAAUGUUUGGACCAUAUGCUGCUGUGAAUGUCUGGUAUUUGUCUGUUCCUGAUCGUUUAACAACAAGGCGGGUUACUGUAAAGUCAAUUGCCCUUCAGGGAUUAAUAAAGUUGUCUGAAUCUGAAUCAGACGUCUUCUUAAAAGCAGAGUCCAGCUGAAUCUGGAUGAACCCGGUGUGACAUGUUGGCGUGCGGCUCUGUGGUUUUCUCACUGAUUCACAAAGCAGGUCAAUCGGAGGGAAGAAAUGUGAGUUUGCUUCCCUCUCUCUCCUCUGCAGAGCGGCGGCAGACACCUGUUGUUGUGUGUCUGUGUGUCUGCCUGCGCACUUGUGCGAGUGCAGCUGUAAACAGUGAGCAACCUCCUGCUGAAUGACUCGGCGUUGCAUCACCCUCUUUGAAAACAAGAGCAAGUGCUGACAUCUGCCGAGGCCAAAAGUCGUUUGUGAUGUUUUCAUGACUAAUGGACGUCUAGACCUCUGUUUUUUGCGCCCCUGGUAAGGGUCAAGUUAAACAAUGAUGUGGUCACUGCUGGGUAAAUCCUAGAAGCAGGGUUUGUGGUUUUUGUGGUUACUUCAGGGUCAACUCUGACUUUUCAGAACAGUAAAAGUGGUCGAUACAAGUCAACCACUAGUUAUCGGCUUUGUCCUCAUGAGCACGUUAUCAGAUUUUUACAACUAGCCCGGCAUACCUGCACUCAAAGUCAAUGUUUGAUGUUUAACGCCCUUUUCUCUGCCCUUGUCUUUUAGUAUUCCAUGACUCCGCUCCCUGUCUUCUACACCUGCUGCUAUUGGCUGAGCUGUUCGCCCUCUCAUCUGCUCGCCCCGCCCACAGAUCCUCCCUCUGUCACAUGUUCAGAUCGAUGAUUCAUCAGGUGGACAAACUGAUGACGUCAUCCAAACAGCUUCAUGGCUUGGUGAGAUUGACUGUCAAACUUCAAAACCAGCUCUAUAAAUGAAAAACCUCAAACUUUAUUAUUCUUAUAAUAAAACUCAUUAAAUUUUGACUCUUUUUAUUUUGUUCCAACAGACAGAUGUUGAACUCUCAAAUUUCGAAGGUGUGGAAAAUAACCUCGAUGAUCUUCCUCACAUAAUAGUUACUGCUGAGCAUCUAACAACGCUUAAGGUAAAUUUUAAUCGAAUUUGAUGUUUCCAAAAAAUGUUCAAAAAGUUGAACUUUGCUGAUAGAAGUUUGUAUUUUCUCUCUCACAGGUGAAUGAGUCCCUCUCUCAGCUGUUGAAUUACACUGAGUCCUUUAAGCUGCAUGUGGACUGGUUAAAAACAGCCAAGGAAAACCUCAGUAUGUCCUCCCACUCAGCAGGGGGCACCAGCACUCACCUCCUGCAGCUUUCGAAGCUCAUUAGAAGUUCUCUCGAACAGGUGAGAUCCAGUAUGUUUCGGUGCAUCUAACUGGUGCUAUGACAAUCAAUGAAGUAUUUGAUUUUAACCUUGUCGUCUUUUUCCGUCUUCAGAUCGGCGAGGAGGUUCCCCCAUCACCCUCUGCCUCCCUCCCCGUCGUCUCUUCGGCGUUUGAAGCCCUCCAGUUUUCCGUCGAGAUCUCUGAGCGGCUACAGGUCUUCGGUCACUGGUCCAAAAGAGUGUUACGGCUCCUCACGACACAGUCACGCUGCCCCAGACACUGA